AGAAGAAAGAAGAGAGCUUUGUGUUCUGUCGUGCAUGCAUAUUCUCUCUGCAUUGCCGGUUUUGCAUGCACUCACGCUUCUUCUUCUUCUUCUCUCUCUUUUCAAACCCCGAUCGCCGUGACCCCGGUAACCGGAAUCUGACAUACAUACUUGGAUCUCACUACACCGCCGUCAUCUUCACCACUAAGAUAAUAUCAAGCAGUAAUAAACAAGCAAAAAAAAAAAAAAAAAAAGACAAGGGGAUGAGUAAAAGUAAACUAUGAUAGGGUUUGGGAAUAAACUCAGUUUAGGGUUUUGAUUCAACACUUACAAACUAAGUUAAUAUUGAUUGGUUGUAAUCAUAUGGGUACAAAUAUAUGUAUGAAUGUAUCAUGCUCAUCAAGCACUUCGAUUCAUUGGAAGAAAGGCUGGAAAUUACGAUCUGGUGGAUUUGCAGAUCUUUGUGAUAACUGCGGGUCUGCUUAUGAGCAAUUAAUCUAUUGUGACACAUUCCACCUUAAAGAAACUGGUUGGAGGGAAUGUACUUCUUGUCGCAAGCGCCUGCAUUGUGGAUGUAUUGUUUCGAAGUCGUUUCUUGAGCUACUCGAUAAUGGUGGUGUAGAGUGUAUCAGCUGUGUUAGAAGUGCCCAGUUUUCCUUUAUUCCGAGAGACGAAGAGAUGAAUAGAUGUGGUACUCUGUCAGCGGAUGCUCUUGGUGAAACACAGCAGAAAUUCUUGGCCAAUAAAGUAGAUGUUAUUAACAGGGGAAAUCUCAUGUUUUUUGGCUUACGGACGGAUGGUGACGGGCAUAUAAACCUACAUCAGUCUCACAAAGAUAACACAAAUGGUUCUCUUCAACAUAUUAAAGGGGAGCAAGUGAUGUCUCCAGUAGGGGACUUUAGAACCCCAAACUUUUCAAAUUUAAAACGACCAUUCAUGGGAUCUUUAGUACAGACUUCCAUCGAGGCAAGUAAGGAUGUUCUGCCACAGGCACGGGUUGCCAGGCCUCCUCCUGUUGAAGGGCGUUGCCGACCCCAGUUGCUACCACGUUAUUGGCCGAAAAUUACAGACCAAGAACUCCAGCAAAUAGCAGGAGAUACAAAUUCAACUAUUGUGCCACUGUUUGAGAAGGUUUUGAGUGCAAGUGAUGCGGGUCGGAUUGGUCGUUUAGUUCUCCCAAAAGCAUGUGCUGAGGCGUAUUUCCCUCGAAUAUCCCAGCCUGAAGGUCUUCCUAUAAGGAUUCAAGAUAUUAAGGGAAAAGAUUGGAUGUUUCAAUUCAGAUUUUGGCCCAAUAACAACAGCAGAAUGUACGUCUUAGAAGGUGUAACCCCAUGUAUACAGUCUAUGCAAUUACAAGCUGGUGAUACUGUUACUUUCAGUCGCAUAGAUCCUGAAGGAAAACUCCUCAUGGGCUUUCGGAAGACCUCAAGCCCUGUAAUUAUGCAGGAGAACCAAAUGUCUGCCAUGUCUAGUGGCAUACUACCCUUUUCUGGUGCUGGUGGGAACCGACCUAUUGUAAGUGGUUAUUCAAACCGUAAUCGGUCACCGAAGGGAUAUGUGGAUCCACAUCUAAGUGCUCUAUCAGACUUGAAUAUAGGCAAUGGAGAUAUUAGCUGGCAUAAAAAUGAAGACAACGGAGCCUGGCCAGGCGAGGGUUUGCCGAUGCAACAACCAUUGUUUGUUCAGAGAAGUCGUAAAAUUGGAUCCAAAGGUAAGAGGUUGCUCAUGGACACGGAAGAUGCUCUUGAGCUGAAGCUGACAUGGGAAGAGGCACAGGAUUUGCUUCGCCCCCCCCCUACUGUCAAACCUAGCAUAGUCAAAAUUGAGGACCAUGAGUUUGAAGAAUAUGAAGAACCUCCAGUUUUCGGGAAGAAGACAAUUUUUACAGCACGAUCAUCUGGGGGUCAAGAUCAAUGGGUUCAGUGUGAUAGUUGCUCCAGGUGGCGAAAAUUGCCAGCAGAUGUUCUUCUCCCUUCUAAGUGGACAUGUGCUGAUAAUGCUUGGGAUCCUGAAAGGAGUUCGUGUUCGGUACCAGAUGAACUGAGCCGAAAAGAGCUGGACAAUUUUCUUAGAAUGAACAUGGAUAUCAAGAAACGAAGAGUAACAGCUAACCGUAGACCAACACUAGAGCGUGAACCUUCUGCUCUAGAUGCUCUGGCUAGUGUUGCAGCUCUUGGAGAUAGUGCUGUUGAUCCUGAAAUUCCUUCUGUUGCCACUACCACCAGACACCCUCGACAUCGUCCUGGAUGCUCGUGCAUCGUGUGCAUUCAGCCUCCUAGUGGAAAAGGCCCAAAGCAUAAGCCCACUUGCAACUGCAACGUGUGCAUGACAGUGAGACGGCGCUUUGAAACUCUCAUGAUGCGCAAGAAGAAACGUCAGGAGCUUGAAGGAGAAAUGGCUCAAAAGAAAAUCAAUAUAUCAAUAGGUUCUAACAGGGAUGCGAUAGAAGAAGGUGGGUCGAAGUGUAGAAUGUUGCCUCCCGAUGGUGGAGAAACAAGGCCACAAUCUACAGAAUCUAAAGAUGAUCGGAGUAGAAACUUAUUUAAUUAUCAAACCACUGACACUGCUAUGGUUCAGAUAGAUUUGAACUGUGAUCCUGACCGUGAUCAGUUAGAACUUUUGCGAAGAGGUACGCCAUCAGCACUAGGUGUUAGCAUGAUGACUCUUCUUCAGGAGGCAAGUCUUCCACUAGAGAUUUAUUUAAAGCAGAAUGGUCUGACAAGUUUGGCAUGGGAGAAUCACCAAGGAAGCUCUAGUUCUCAUGGCGCAGCCGCUGCUGUACCACCCCACGAAGUUGUUGUGGAGGAUAAUCAUGAAGGACUAAGACCGUCAACUCCUGAUGAAAAUGACAUCGCUUUAGUACAAGAAAGAGAGAUUGAGGGUGGCGAUGAAGGGAAGCCUUCUGUGAAUGACGAUCAGAGCCAAGAGGAAAAUAAUGAUGGUAUAGUGUGAAUCCAAAUUUGAAAAUAGUUGUUUCAUCUGUAAUUUUAAGUUUUUGAUGGGUGUAAAGUUGAAAAGUCUCUUGUUGUUGUUAUAAUUCUCCAUCUCUGCUUGUUGUAACCAAUAUUUUUUUUUGGUGUUACAAUAUUAAGCUAAAGGUCCAGAGCUCAAUUUCUCAUA